AUGGAUGUCCCUGCAGCACGUCGGAGGGGGAAUCUGUAUGGCAAAGGCGCGAGAAAGGCCCGAGUACACGACAUCUUUGAUAUCGCUGCGCAAACACCGGUCGAGAACCCGCCAACGUUGACUCCCUGUGCCCCAGUGCUUUCUCGACCCCGGCAAGCCACCAACACACCUCAUAUUCAGCUUCAGAAUGAGUUAAGAGAAGCAGCCAUAAAUAUUUCGGGCGAUACAAAGGAGGAUUCAUCGGCUGGAACCGUCCCAUCGCCUCUCAUUGCGACCGAAUCCUCUACUAUGUUCGACCUACAUUCCUCUGAGGAGGAGCCCACCUGGCUCAAACCUAAGCGCGCCUUGAAGAAGAGAAAGAUAGCGUCCGUCAAGCCAAAUCAACCGAGAAAUGACAUGCAGGUGGAUAGAGAGUCCGAUAUCACCAUGUCGAAGACAAAAGGACUGCGUAUGCUGAACGAGAGUGCCAAAAAGAAGCUGCAACCCAAGUUGGUGAACGCGAACGUUGCGAUUGAACAUUCCAAAUCAACAAAUGUUGCUCGUGAACUGAAGCGACCAGCCAAGGGCGCCGCCAGUGGCAGAUCGGCUUCUCCUGGCAAGCUUGUCCCUCCAAACGCAUCUCAUUCGCACCAACCCAACGUCUCCGGUGUCUCGUCUCUGGAAGAGUCAGAUUCAUCCACCAAAUCACGACCGUCACGGAGGAGCACUCCGAAGAGGAAAAGACGUGCCUCAGACAACAGUCUUAUGGUCUCGCCCUCUCCAAGUGAUCUCCACCUGACUGCCCUGCGUCUGACACCUGAUUCAAGCUCGCAAAGGUUGCAUGUUUCAUCCGAGGACGAGCACAUGGGGGAUUCCUCUAGUAAGCCUGCCAGGACAGGGCGAACUCGGUUAAUUGACCGGCUGGACGCUCCAGGUGCCCAAAGCAUCAACACAUCCUCCCAUACUCUAUCACAAGAGCAACGCUCUAAUCAACCAAAUGAUAGUGUUGCACCACUUGGAAAGGUUUCAGCAACUCGUCUUGCGAAGAACAAUUCUGACCAAGAAGAGAAGCCAUCCAGUGUCUCCGUUGCCGCUCCUUCAGGACGUCCUAGAGCCACUUAUGCUAAGCAAAGGUCGUACUUGAGCAACAUGGCCGACAGUUUGGAGAGCCUUUCGGCGCCAAACAGUCAGCCAUCUUCACAAGAAAUCUAUUCGCAGGCUUUAAAUUUCACCAGGGUGACGUCGCAAAUGGAACUAGACAAUGAUGACAGUGAUGAAGCUGAGCCUUUCAGCCGGAUCAAAAGCAUCCACGAGUUGAGACGCGGAGGCGCAAUCAGAAAGUUCGACUUAGAACUGGAUACCAUCUUGGAAGACGUUGAAUCAAGUUCCAAGUCACGACGCAUUCCAGGGCUCCUGCAGCUUGUUUCCAAGUUGGACGAAUUGUCUUUUCUGCGUCAUUUCCAAGACUCCGGUGGCCUCCAGCGCCUCAUGGACUGUGCGAACGCAUCCUUAGACGAGGUCAGCGCGACGUUGAUGGUUCUAGUUAUCCAUUGCAUGGUUGUGGCCGAAAGUUCGUCGCCAAGGGUCGUCCUCCAGAUGUUGAAUGCGCUUUACAAGCUACCUCCACGUCUGGUUUCGGAACCUAGGUCAUUAACCAAAGUUGCAAAAGACCGAAGUCAGAAUCUGUCCAAGGUUCUUGUUAAGGACAUUACGGAGUUUGAGGAGAAGAGGUCGAAAGUUUCGGGCCAAACCUGUGUGGCUGUUAACAGAACCAUGCUUGGUUCUGUAGAAUCUACUCUGCGAACUCUUAUCGGCCUCAAAGAACCAUUUCCGAAGCUGCCACGAGCACUCCUUGACGAGAUUCUCUCGAACUUAGCCAAGGCGCAGGAUAUGGUUGAAGGCGGUGGCAUGGCCAAACAUUUAGAGACGAUUCGACUUCUGCUGUCGUUGCUGGGGAUUGCCUGUGCAAACCACGAGGUGACCGGGUCUCACCUGUCGACUGCCCGCAUCACGGAACUAGGCGAGAGCGUGGCCAGUAUCAUGAAGGAGGCUCGUCAGGCCCAGCGGCAGAUUGAGCACUCGUGCCUUCGGCUCAUUGUUAGCUUGAGCAACAACGAUGCGACGACUUGUGAUGUUUUGGUUGACGGACACCUCGUUUGCGCCGUCUUUCAGGUCAUCGACGACCGCUUUCUGUCGCUAGCAAGUCGUGCAUCGCAGGAGCAAGAGAUUGACCAUGCGCAACUUGAAUCUGUGAUUCUGGCUGUUGGAUGUCUUUUAAAUUUCGCCGAAUGCGCGGAUUCAGCCAGAUCGCGGAUGUUGAGGUUGACGGCGAGCGGGAAGAAUAUGGUGGACGGGCUGGUGGACAUAUUUAACAGCCAUGUUGACCAGACGUCGGAGGCCUUGACCAUUGACCAGACUCAAAUCCUGGUCGCCUUUGGCUAUAUAUCCGCAUUGCUAUGCACACUGUGCCUCGAUCCGACUGCACGCGAGCGGAUAUCACAAUCCCUCAAAGGGAAGGGACUUUCGCCGCUGUUCGCAGCUGCGGACACGUUCCUCGAUCAUCUCCAGACUGUCGAAGCGGCCCUUGGGGAAGAAGGCGGCUCGUCAACGGGGUUUACAGAACGGUUUGCGGCGGUGCUCGAGACAGUGAAGCAGCAUGACUUGCAAUGA